AAGCAAUUCAGUUGAGGGCUUGAGGCCUCCCCAUCUGCAGGGUGGAGGCGGGAGAACCAUCGGUAUCGGUUCCCCGUGACCCCAUCUCUUCCUUUCCCGUCUCCUCUCCACAUAACGCGGCCAGCAAUGCAACUGCUGGUAAGGAACCCGGCCAGCAGUGGCGGCUGCGCGUUUCUGCCGGCUGCUGCUGCUACACUGCGGCCACCGUCGUCGGCCACGCUCUCAUGGAGGAGGCCGGGCUGCAGUUGGAGGAGCAAGCGGUGCCUCAGUCUCCCCCCGCGCGCAAACACCGACGGUUCAGGGUCUGGUGCUGCUGCGGCUGAGGCGUCUACCGUGGGAGACACCUUGGAACGGGAGGAGGGCGGCGGCGUAGAUGCAGGUGCUUCGGCUGAGUCAUCAUCCAACCGGAAGCAGCCGCCCCCUGUCGAUCCCAAGAUCGAGAAGGAGCUCAAGAAGGCAGUUCAGAAGACUGCAGCAACCUUUGCACCGAGGGCGUCCACGAAAACAAAGAACCCUGCUGUCCCUGGAACUGCCCUGUACAGUAUCUUUGAAGUCCAGGGAUAUGUCUCCAUGCUGUUGGGUGGAGCUCUUUCCUUCAAUCUCAUAUUCCCAUCGAAUGAACCAGACAUCUGGAGGUUGAUGGGAAUGUGGUCCAUUUGGAUGUUCACUAUACCUUCACUUCGGGCUCGUGACUGCUCAAAUAAGGAGAAAGAAGCUCUCAACUACUUAUUUCUCCUGAUCCCUCUGAUCAACGUUAUGAUUCCAUUCUUUGUGAAGUCCUUCGCUGUUGUCUGGUCAGCAGAUACAGUUGCUUUCUUCGUGAUGUAUGCAUGGAAGCUUGGAUGGUUACAAAGGUUGGAAUAAAGAUUUUUGGUGUGCUCUCCUGAUCAUGUAUGCAUGAAAGUCAUAUUAUUUCUGUGCAGCUUGGAUGGUUGGUUUCAAAAGGUGGAGUCAAGAGGCUUUGUGAUGAGAGAAACAUUUAGUCCUCGAAUUUUUCACAUCUUUUGGAGGCAACUGCUUGAUUAGUUUAUUCUAAGAUUUAGUGCAUAUAGCCUUUUAUAUCUUGUGUAUGUGCAGAGAGUAUGAAAAAACAGCCUUUGACAUUUAAGUGAUAAAUAGAUGUAACUGAAGUCUUGCGUGCUCC